AUGACAAAUGACACCACAAGAAUCGCCACCAGUACGUUACUGUGGCUUGCCAAUGAAAAAGAGGUAGAAAUCUACAUACCAGCGAUAUUCUUUGCCAGUUCCAUGAUGAUUCUCGGGCUGGUGGGCAAUGGAUUUGUGUUCUAUGUGUACGGAUACCGAUUCAAGAAGACGUGUGCCAGUGUUUACAUAUACUGGUUGUCUGUGUUUGACUUAGUGUGUUGUACGGUUUGUAUUCCGUUCGAGAUAUUUGAGAUCCGUUUUCCCCUUUUGUACGAAGAUAUCAUCUCGUGUAAGUUCUUCAGUACGGUAACCACGGUGGCAUACGUGUCGCAGUGUCUCCUGUUGUUAUGUAUAUCCCGAGAUCGGUACUAUAAAAUCUGUCAUCCUUUGAAGACCUUUGCUGUUCGUUCUCCACACAAAAACAUCUUCUGCACAUUCAUUCUUGCACUCUUCAUCUCGUGGCCGACCUCCUUCCUAUACGGUACCAAGACGAUCGAAAUGGCCAUACCAGGGAUCGUGACAACAACCUGUUCCAUCGACGAUUCACGCAAUCAGUUACUUAUUAAAUUAUAUUAUGGUUUUUAUGCUGUUAUCGUCAUUGGGAGUUUCUUCUUUCUAGUGUUCGUCUAUACACGCAUUAUCCGUGUCGUCUAUAAUCGAUCUAGAAAUAACAUCGGGGAGGCCAUGAAAGUUAAGUUUGCAAAGAAGAACGUAAGGUCUUACGACCUUCAGUCCAAAGCUAACCAAAAUACUCGUGAUGUAUUUGUAUUAAAGUGUUCGGAGCGGUUCUCACAACACGUUGAAAACGAGCACUUAUCGGAAACCAAAUAUUCAAAAUGCUUAGAUAGCAUGGAUGAUAAUGAAUUGAAAAGGAAAAGCAGAAAUACGUUAAAUAUUGCAAAUGAAUGUAUGACGCCGACCGAACAAGUUCCACAAGCGAAUAUCGAACAGAUAAAAGAUUUAGAUAUCAAAAGACGGUUCCAAAUCUCAAAAACUGCCAUUAUAUUCAUAGCAGUGACGGUCAGUUUUAUGUUCAGCUAUAUUCCGUAUCUUGUCAUUGAGAUUAUCCUCAAAUAUAGCGAAAUGGACUUCCGGAAGCAGAACAUCCAUGUACAACAGCUGAUAGAAGUGGCGUCGAAGUCUUUCUGCCUAAAUAACGCUACCAAUCCUAUAAUAUAUAGCAUCUUUAAUAGAAACUUCCGCCGUGAAUGUUGUCGUCUCUUCUCCCGCCAAGUGGGACCAGUUCGUAAUAUGCUUUCUUUACCAAGAGUCCCAGUAAGUAACAUUGGACGUGUAUCGACAUCAAACGACAACGAUGUCAGAGAAGUGAUGCUUGGACAAUAA